AUGGCGUCUGUUACAACAGAUUAUAUCAGUGUGGGAGGAAACCGGCAUCCGGGGGCCGCGGAUUGGGAUGUCCAGUCGGGUGUGCUCGCCUUCGGUGCGGACAACAACGUUGCCUUGUGGGAACCUCUGGACGACUCACACAAGGGUGUGUAUGCCCUGCUCGUGGGCCAUUCCGACAAAGUCAGCGUCGUCAGAUUUUACACCUGCCCCGCCUCAGGGACGAAGUUCCUCCUUACCGGUUCCGUUGAUCGUACAAUCAGAGUAUGGAAACAAGUACAAGGCGACUCACGAAACUACAAACAAGUCACCUCUCUUGAGGGACACGAGGGAUCUGUGAAUGCGAUUGCCGUGGCCGAAGGAACGGAUAUCGUUGCGACUGGAGCUGCAGAUGGAACAGUUCGGAUUUGGAGGAUCAGUGCGCAAGACGACUUGAACUGCGAAUCGGUGGAAACAAUCACCAUGAAACCUCGAUUCUUCCCGCUCACACUGGCUUUGCGAGUGCUCGAGGGAGGUAAUGGCAAGCCUUUGGUGCUAGCUGUAGCAGGCACUACCACGAGUGUACAGAUCUUUGCUGCAGAAUCAUCUAUUGACAAGCCGAACUUUCAACGUCGGGCAGUGCUGUCUGGUCACGAAGCUUGGGUUCGAUCGCUCUCGUUCACGCAGGAUAUCCACGGCAAGACCAAGGAUCUCUUGCUUGCCUCGGCUAGUCAAGAUAAAUACAUUCGUCUAUGGCGAUUAUGUCAGGGUGACGCACAAGUCUCUGCCACGAUUGACGAAGAUGAUCCUCUUCUGGGUGGUAUGGAGCCUACGCUCUCCAACAAAGCCCACGAAUUUGAAGCCGCGGGCUCAAAGUACUCGAUCACUUUCGAGGCCCUUCUUUUCGGAAACGAAGACUGGAUCUACACCACAGCAUGGAAUCCCGAUCCAGCGAAAUCUCAGCUUCUGACUGCGUCCGCCGAUAACACCAUCACAAUCUGGGAACAGGAUCCUGCGUCCGGUGUCUGGGUGUCUGGGGAGAGAAUGGGAGAGAUUAGCACCCAAAAGGGUUCGACUACGGCGACUGGCAGUGCCGGUGGCUUCUGGAUCGGACUUUGGUCCCCAGAUGGCAAGCAGGUCGUAAGUCUUGGCCGUACAGGUAGCUGGAGAGUCUGGCAGCAUGACUCCGAGGCAGAGAUUUGGGUUCAGAAGUUCGGCAUCUCCGGCCAUGUACGGUCCGCCAAUGGUGUGCAAUGGGAGCCCAGCGGUGGCUAUCUACUUUCUACUAGUGCUGAUCAGACAACACGUCUUCACGCCCAAUGGCUUCGUGAGGACAAGCGUUCAUGGCAUGAGUUCUCUCGCCCCCAGAUUCAUGGAUAUGAUUUGAACUGCAUUGACACAUUGGGACCUGGACGGUUUGUAUCCGGUGCAGAUGAGAAGCUUCUGCGGGUCUUCAACGAGCCUAAACAGAUUGCGGAGCUGCUUGAGAAGCUGACUGGCUUCCGGCAAGCAAUUGAGGGCGAUAUGCCCGAUACAGCUGAGAUCCCAGUCUUGGGUCUUUCAAACAAAGCUCAGGGAGAUGAAGCCCCCGUUGAAGAAAUUGAGGGCUCUAAUGGAGCCGCACCAUCUGUUCCCGCUACAUCUUUGCUUACCGACUCGCCACCACUCGAAGACCAACUCUCUCGAUAUACUCUGUGGCCCGAGCACGAGAAGCUAUACGGCCACGGCUACGAAAUUUCCGCAGUUGCAGUGAGUCACGACCGCACACUCAUUGCCACUGCUUGCAAGGCCAGCUCUGUCGACCACGCAGUGAUUCGCCUGUAUGAUACAUCAGACUGGCAUGAGAUCAAGCCAUCUCUCACAGCACACUCCCUAACCAUCACCGACCUCUCAUUCUCCGACGACGACAAGUUCCUUCUAAGUGUGGGACGAGACCGCCAAUGGGCCGUCUUCGCCCGAAGUGAACAGGACCCAACUACAUUCACCAGCUGGUCCACAAAUCCCAAGGGCCACUCUCGAAUGAUUCUGGGCGCAGCCUGGGCUCCAAAAACCACCGAACGCAUCUUCGCCACAGCCGGCCGUGACAAAUCCGUCAAGAUCUGGCAGAAGACCGAUGACGCAUUCACAUGCAAGACUACCAUCGCCUUGACAUCCGCGGUGUCGGCGGUUGCAUUCUUACCCACCCCAUAUAAAAACAACUUCAUCCUUGCUGCAGGUGAAGAUAGCGGCGCGGUGUCUAUCCACAGAAUUGCUACUGAUAUCCUCGAGGCGCAACACAUUGUGACUAUCGACCCGCUUAUUGCUCCAUCCAAGACAAUCACUCAAUUAUCAUGGAGGCCCGUGCCAGCGGCCGAUGUGGAUAGCAGGACUCACUUUGAGCUUGCUGUGGCUAGCGAAGAUACAUCUGCUCGCAUAUACGCCAUCUCUAACAUACUCUCAUGA